AUGACUCUGGUGCUGCUACUAUCCAUUUUUGCCAUCUGCUUUUCUUCAGUAGCAUUUAUCCAGCUGCUGCCCACACGGCGUGAGAAGAAAUCUUCCGAGGCCCACGAUGCAGUGUCAGUUCAGAUCGAUACCAUAGUAUGCUUACUCCGGCCGCCCCGUUCGAGUUCCAAUUCGCCAACACUUAACCGUGUUGCAGAUUCUACUCCAAACCAGGAACUUCUGGAUCAUCCCCUUAUAUCAAUUGUGGCCCUCCCAUCCCCCCCAGCUCUUCUACAGACCAAGAAGAAAUUCUUGUUUCCUGUUGCUGCGAUCCUCAAGGUCUUGCAACAAGCAUGGCACCUCUGGGCUGCGCUAGGCUAUCGUACAGGCCCUGCCCAUUGGAUACUAGUCCAGAAUCCACCAGCAGCACCAACUCUUGCUCUCGCGCUACUUGCCUGCCACCUCCGGCAUAGUCGUCUCAUUAUUGACUGGCAUAAUUUUGGGUAUUCCAUCCUUGCAUUGAAGCUUGGGUCCGGCCAUCCCAUGGUCAAACUUAUGGAAUGGUAUGAGAAAGCUUUCUCUUGUUAUGCUACUGCCCACUUUUGUGUCAGCAAUGCCAUGGCGCGGAUCUUGCGGGAGCAAUUCGAGAUUAAAAAGCCUCUUAUGGUACUUCACGAUCGGCCUUCUUCAGCCUUCAGCCCGAUCUUUGAUGAGAAGCAACGUCUUGCAAUUUUGUCUUCAAUUCCUGAGACAAGUCAAAGUGCCAUAGAUAUUAUCGAGGGCCGGUGUCGACUCCUUGUUAGUUCUACGUCCUGGACACCUGACGAAGAUUUUUCUCUUUUACUCGAUGCCCUCUGUCGCUACUCUACAUCGGCGAAGUCCUCAGGUCUCCCUUCGGUCCCUCUUCUUGUUAUUAUCACCGGAAAGGGGCCCCUAAAGGACAUGUACCUCUCCCAGAUAGACAAGCUAAAAGCUGAAGGAAAACUCUUCAAUGUAUUUAUAAAAACAGCCUGGCUCUCCUUCGAGGAUUAUGCACAAUUGCUUGCAUGUGCCACAUUGGGGGUCUGUCUGCAUACAAGUAGCAGCGGUGUUGAUCUUCCAAUGAAGGUUGUUGAUAUGUUUGGUGCUGGCCUCCCAGUUGUUGGCUGGGAUCAAUACGAAGCCUGGCCUGAACUUGUCACCGAAGGGGUCACUGGGCUAGGAUUUGAUAGUGCAGAUAGACUAUCGGGACUUCUCAAGAGCGUACUUGGCGGUGAUGGAAGCGCUCUAAAGGUGCUCCGAGAGGGAGCGGUUAAGGAGAGUAGAAAUCGCUGGGAUCAGACAUGGGACCCCAUUGCUGGGACUUUUCUUGGCCUGGUCACCUAG